AUGAAUUUUUUUAAUGUUUUGUAUAAAACUUGUUUUACAGAAAUUUUAAAAAUGGAAACAACACCUACCUCUGACUCUAAAUUACUUUCUCCACAUACACCACCUUCACAUUUACGUCGUAAACACCCUCAACAACACAACCAACAACCUCUUUUAGUUGAUACACCCUCAAAACAACAUUCAUCUUCUUUGUUUGGUUCAAGUAAUACUAAUGAUGUUAAUAAUUUAUUAGUUGCUGCAGCUGCUUCAACAUUAUUGCCUCACCAUCAUUCUUCACCAUUUUCUUCUCCUUCAAAUAAUAAUCCAAAUUUACAACAACAAAAUAUUCCGUCCGCCUUUCAAAUGCCUCCACCAACAACACCUACUGGAGGAGCAGGAGCAGGUUUUCCAUUUCAACCAAGUCCUUUCUUCCCUUGGAAUGGGCUAAACUUUAUGUCUUCAUUUAUGAAACAUUAA